AUGGUUAUUGGCCUGUUGACCAUAGCAGCUAUCCCGACGACUAUAGGCGUCGGGCAGGCGGUCAGCGCUCAGAAGAAGCAGAACGCGGCAGCAAAGGAGAAGGCGAAGUUCCACCUAACGGCAACGCUUUCUAUCGACGGCGGCCCUCCCACUGAAGCAUGGGUGGUGCUCGUUGACAAUCAGUUGUACAUCGAUCACCCAGACGCACCAAGGCCUGGCCACAAGUUUACGGGAUACUACUUUACGUACCCUAGCGAGGCACAACACCGGGGCCUGGUGAGCACCAUUGCAGAGGACCCGCCCAUGUUGAACUGGAUAUACGUGGACAAGGACACCAGCGCGGUGAAGUUUGGCGGGCGCAAGGACACACUCGAGCACACGAUUGGUCCGUGGGGCUGGUCGAGUGACGAGAACUUCCUCACUCUCGAAGGCGAUGACAGCCGGUUCAUCGCUGUCGAGGAUGCAGAAAACAAGAAUUGGACAGUCUAUCUGGUCACAGAUCGAGAUGGCAUGUCUGAGACGGGGGCUGCAGGAGGUACAGAGGAUGUGCGGCAAAGUCACAGAUGGGCUCCGAUCAAACUGCGCAGGAGGAUGCAAUUGGGCAUGGAGAGCCGCUAUGUCAAAGGAGAGAAGGACAAGGAGUGA